UCGCAACCACUUGGGAUGCGCGCGCUUAGCCGGCUUCGACUACUGGGACUCGCGCGGCGCGCAAGUAGUAACGGUCCGUCAGUACGGGGCAUGCUCUCACGGGGAGCGCACCUCGUUCUCGGGGAAGAAUACGCUCACUUUCAUCGCUACCAGCCUACGCGCGCAACUGGUGAUCGAUUCGCACUUCCGGGUCGACCCCCUCCGAUGCACGGCGGUUCGUCAAGGUCACUCGAUCGGGAACCUAAAGUAGAUCGCGUAAUUAGCGGAAUCACAACACGGGACCGGCUUCGCUCUUACUUUUCGCGACACGUCGUUGGACUUUUCUUUCUUACCUUGUGCAUUAGCGAAUGAUCGAUGAGAUAUGUCGCACUUUCUUCAAUCGCGCAUAAGCCUUGCAAGUCUUAAAGUUUUGUUGCGCCGACUUUCGUUUUCACGCAACGCGUUGCGAGAAUCAUCGGAGGAGAAGAAUCGCGAAUUCAUUCUCGCGCGAGAUUCUGCUUUUUAAUGUGAGUUUUUAUUUCACUGUCCGCUGGUGCUUGCGUGAAACAAGCUGCUGUUAAAGUUUGAUUUAUCACUGCCACCAUGCCAUGUUGUUCCAUUUUAUUGAAAUCAUCGGCGCUGUUUGUUCGGAAAUCAUCGCUGCGCAAUGUAAUUAGCACGAAACGGACUAACAUCGGACAGAAUGCCGCAUAUCAUCAUCCUCGAUCACCUUCAACCGCAUAUAAUCGAUUUGUCGCGGCAGACAGACCCACGUACGAAACUUCCGGCAGGAAUCUCCAGUGAGCUUUCACACAUAAUACAUGAGGGGUAGAUGUAUUUUUCGCAGACAGAACGCGAAUGCGCGAUGAGGAUGUAGGCGGGGACAUUAAAGUUUCAUAAAUGAAAAGUGGCUGACAUCGGCAAUUUAAUAUAAACGUACUGCUCCAUAAACAAUUUAACCGACGCGGCGGUACAUUCUACGGGCGAUAUCAAGAUCCAUCAGCUCGCACAGAUGCAUCUCGCGUAGUAGACGAGGGAAGAGAUAUAUUUCCCCUUUUAAUAUUCUCGCGAAUAAGAGGCGUUUUAACAUGCUUUGCUCUUAAACAUGCGAUAUAUGAAUAAGCUCGAGAGCAAUAUCGCGAUAUUUCGACGAGACUCUCUCUUGCGGAUAUAUUAAAACGCGAUAUUGAACGGUGACGAUCAACAUUUCGCGUGCGUACCACAAUUCUUCUUGCCAACGCGUUAGGUAUACUUUUGCGCGCGUGCCUUGAGCAAAUCCCUAACGUUGCAACAUAAAUUGCAAGCGUCCGGAACUCGUGAAAAAUUUCGAUAGCCGAAUUCUUUAUGCGUUAACGUCUGUUUCUACAUGUGAGCAGCUUUUGCAGAGAAUGCGAUGCAAAUUCCGGCAGCUCGUUCUACGCCGCGUUCCAUGGGAAAAGUUUGAAAUUGCGCGCGAACCUGCAAACAAUCUCGAUCGAUCGGAAACUCUUAAUCCGGGAUACGUUUGAAACAAGAUAAAGCGCCGCAUAACUACGAGAAAAUUAUGUUUGAAACAAAUAAGAGAGAGAGAGAUAUCGGUUAUGAACGUCGAUUAAUUUUUAUUAACUUUCCGUGCCGCGUAAAGUAAACAUUGUCAGAUAAAUUCUCUUUUUGCUCUUCUUAUUAUCGCAGUUUAAUCGUUCGCGCGGUAGUACGAUGUGUUUGUUACUUUAUCGAUUAACAACGAUGUUCGUGCACGCAUGGAAAAUUUUCUAUGCAUUUUCUGCGAAAUCGCUGGCGCUCUUUUAAUUUAUGACAUCGUUCCGUAAUAACAGAUCGAGCCACACGCAAUUAGAGGACGUCUUUAGACUCGGCAAAAAGUUCAAUCUCAUUUCUAGGAAGGUCUCAGCGCUUUAAUCUCGCACGAACGAAAACCCGAGGAGAGGGAAACUUUUAAUCUCGGGCUGGAUUCUCCUUUUUCGCGCGCGAGAAACACGUGCUCGAUGAAGUCCCACUUUUAUACCCGCGCGCGCAAUUUUUUUUCCACGCGUAUAUCGCAUAAUUAUAUGUUUUGAUUUAAAUCCAAGAUCACCGCGGGAAAUGGAGGAAACGCUUCGUUCGCGCCGAGUUGAAAGAAGCUUAUGUACGCCGGCACAGUAGGAUUAGCGACCGGGCGUGAUUAAAAGUUUUUCGCUGAAUACAGUUUGCAGAGAGCACAGACGGUUUACGCUUCUUAUAUCCCGGUGUUGUAACCACCGAUUUAAUGCGACGCUCGUUAUGAGAGCGCGCAACUGGUGAUCGUUUUAAACUUCCACUGUAAAGAUGCUCCGAUUGCGCGGCCAUUGUUGUUGCACCUAAAAUAACGCUGCUGUCUCUCUCUCUCUCUCUCUCUCUUGCCGCGGAUCAAUUGCCCGCGAUGUGCAUUGCAUCAAAAUGUGAAUCAAUAUAAAAUACCCAUCGGCAAAUAGCGCGAUGUAGACGUGAUACGGGCGAAACCAUUAAAUAAACUACGAAAAAAACUGAAUUGCUUGUGAAAGGGCAUUUUAUUUAUAAAAAAAAAAAAAAAAAAAAAUGCGUUUCUUUAUUCAUGUGACAUUUAUCCGUCGCGAAAUAUUUGUAACAUCGUCUCUAUCUGUCGCCACAAUUUUACGUCGCGCCUACAUUCUCGAAUUUUAACUCUGUAUAUUGCGCUGCUGUGUCGCCACAACUUCCUGUCGUUCGCAUUUCAUCGCGCUCGCAUUCCCGUGUCGCACCGUGUCGUCGCAUUAGCAGUCUGAAAUCUAAUCACCGAAAAAAAAAAUGUGUUCUUUCCGAAGCUCUCAACAUGGUCGCUACGUGGAUUGCCGCAUCGAUCGAUUGAUUAGACGAUAAUUCAUCUCAGUCGCUUCCGCCAGUCGCUCUCUUCACCCAGUACGGUUCGGGUCGCGAACCAAUUCGGUUUGCCUCUCGUUGCUAGUAGUCGAGACUAGAGUCGGUCGGACGGUCGGGCAGAAGCUCGGGGGAUAAAGAGACCGCGCGAAAACGAAGCCUCGACGGGAAGACAUGAGCGGGGUCGGCUUUUUGGCGACCGUAAAGACGUUCGCGCCGGGCGGACGUCGGCGGCGACGCUGCGAGAAGCAGCAGAGGGUCUUGGAGCUUCCGCCGGGCUACGGGAUGCAGCCGGAUGUUGUACCCUCCUGGGAUGCGGCGCCUCCUAUCACGCCACCCGCCGCAUUUUUGCCGCCGGGCUACAAAAAGGGCUUUCCAGAGCCGAAGAAGGAAAAGACUGAACAGAAUGCGAAUGGCGCGGUAUCGCCGAGCGGCGGCGGCAGCGAGCCGCGGGCCGCCAAUUUGGGCACGGCGAUGCCGGUCCCGGGUCCGGCCCCGGAUGCCGGGAACCAGCAAAAGCCGAACAGGCCGAACACCCUCGACGCCAGGGUGGUAGCCAGGAGGCUGAUCUUGUUCGACAUGGACAAGGGGGUGCUGGAUCAGAGCGCCGACAACCAGCAGGUAAUCGAGAGGUGUUACCCGUUACCACCUCAGAAUACCUUGAUGCUGUCGGAGCUCCCAGAACCGCCGAUACCGUUGAGCGAGAUCGGCCCCAUACCACCCCCGCCGAUGUUCAGCUCCCCGAGUCCCACUUUGCUGGCGAGACAGCGGCAAAUCCCGCUCUCGGACUGCGAGGACGAGGAUGAGGAGGACGUCGACGUGGAAGAAGAGGACGACAAUAUGUACGUCUUCAGGGUGUCGCAGCCUGAUCCAGCGAUCGACACGUCCCGUGUCGAGGAGAUACCGGCGAAGGAACCCAAGUUCCACGCCGUACCGCUGAAGAGCGUCCUGAAGAAACGGGGCUCCGGAAGCGGACCCGGCACGCCGCAGAACACGCCGACGCAGGAGAACAGGCCGCUGACGCUUCGCCAGGAGCUCCACGCCUCGUUCAAAAGGCCACCGUUGAGGCCUAGGAUGAGAAUAUGCAGUCGACCGGUCAGAUUCGGCCUCGCUCUGCCCUGCACGUUGGAGAACAAGGAGAACGCGAGGCCUUACGUCAUCCGAGAGGACGCGGACGGCGACUCUGGCGACGGACAAGUCCUUUACAGGGAGGAUUACGACGACGAGAAGAGUCGUUUGGCAGCCAAGAUCGCGCGCAAAGAAUCGCUCUCGCUGAAGCUCGCCCUCAGGCCAGACAGACAGGAACUCAUCAACAGGAACAUCCUUCAGCUGCAGUCGGACAAUGAGAGGCAGGAGACGAAAGAGGCCAUUGGCGCCAAGCUUAUCAGGCGGUUGAGCAUGCGGCCGACCCAAGAGGAACUCGAGGAGAGAAACAUUUUGAAAAAGCAAAGUCCCGCCGAGGAGAAGAAGCAGAAGGAAGAGAAAAAACGCUAUCUUCUGCGAAAGCUGAGUUUCCGACCGACUGUUGAAGAACUCAAGGAAAAAAAGAUUAUCAGGUUCAACGACUAUAUCGAGGUAACGCAGGCUCACGAUUACGAUAGAAGAGCCGACAAGCCUUGGACGCGGUUAACUCCGAAGGACAAGGCUGCCAUUAGGAAGGAGUUAAACGAGUUCAAGAGUUCGGAGAUGGCCGUUCACGAGGAUAGCCGACACCUCACCAGGUUCCAUAGGCCAUGACAAUUGCAAUGUGUUGAGGUGCUACAGUGUGGUGCGGGUAUACGUGAAGGUGCAGUGUGGUGGCUUCGUGUUGAGGCCGGGUGAAGAAAGAAGGAAGAGAGAAUCGGCUGUCGUUAUUUCCGGAGUUAAAGCCGGAACGCGCGAUACUCGCGUCCGAUCGGUGACGGUGAUUUCUUUGACGUUGCUGCGUCGUGUCGUUCGUCGUUGUCGCCAGACAUCAUCCGCUGGCACUUCUUCCGUCAUUGUCAUUUAUACACGUCAACGACAAACGCCACCAUGACGUCGACGAAGAUUGUGAUAGGGUGACUCGCCGCCCCGUCGAAGAGGACUUGGCGGGUCGCUCGCCGAUUUCUUUUCACAAGGGUCGUUCACACCCGUGCUUGGCCGAGCAGUUCGCGCUCUUUCCGACACCUUCCUAACUACUCUUCAUGUUUGUAUCUUCUACAUUGAUCUCGUUAUAGUACACGCGUCAAGGCGUUUGUAUUCUCAAGAUAUCUUGGAAAUAUUCUUAAAACUUUGCGCGAUAAAUUCUCAAGUAGAUAUGUUACGCGCGAGUUUCUCCUUCUGCAUUGAAUGAUGUCAUUGAAGCUUAAAACUACGAUCUUCGGAUUCAAAGCUUGCCGUUGUGAAAAUCAAAACGCUGUAUAGUAAGUAAGACUUUUUUUAUUGAAACGCUCACGUGUGUGUCCGCUGAACGUUUACGCUGAAUAAGAUCAGAAUCAUUUUAAAUUAUACAAUAUUCUGUCCCUUUCGUAUAUAUAUAUAUAUAUAUAUAUAUAUAUAUAUAUAUAUAUUGACAAUUUUUAUUAUAAAUUUUUUAAAAUUAUUUUUCUUUGUUGUAUAGUAUUUAUUAACUAUAAUUUAAUAAUAGAAACACGUCUGUUAAAUUUUAGCAAUACAAAAAAUUACGUAUGAUGAAAACGCGUGUCACACGCACACGAUGCGUGAGAAUGUUUGGAUUAAUCGUGUGCAAGUUAAUCGUGUUUAAAAUUAAGCGUGAGUCUUCGGCGUAAUUCUAUGGACACUACGAGCGCGCGUGUGAACAUACCCUUAAACGUAUAAACACCAUUUUGCAAUCAAGCUAGCUCAUCAGUGUCACCUGGCAUCGUUGUAUAUGUAAAUGUCUCUCAAAUUUCAUUGUAACACAGAGAUAUGUGAUAUGUUGCGUUGAUAUCACAGAAAAAAGAAUACUCGAACCCAGUAACGAAUAUUCGAGGAUCAAAUGAGAGGUACAUCACGUUACAAGCGAUAUAUCUCGUAAAGUGAGUUCAGUUUAGUUUUUAACUGAAAAAAAAAAUAAAAAUAAAAAUGUUUUAGUAUUAAUAUUUUUAUACGUUGACGAAUGAACAGCAGCAGAAUUUUCGCAAAAUCAUUUUUCGAUAUAAUCCCUCGUUUUUAAUGAUUAAGAUUAUAUUCGGCUGACGUCCGAAAAUGUGAUUUACGAUAAUUCCAUGUUCUCACGAUUUUCGCGCGUAGUCCGCGCAGAGAGUAUUCAUUGCUUGAGACUUUCACUAACACUAUUGCGUGCAUAGUUCGUUAUAGCUCUUCGUAUACACCGCGCGAGGAAUGAAAACAGGCAUUCAGUGUCUACGACAAUCGGUCGACUGCUCGAUUGACAAAAAAAAGAAACGGUUUUCCUUUACUGCCAGGUAUCACUCUCUCGUGGAGCUGCCUUGAGGAGCAAGCGCUUACGAUUAUCUAAAAAAAAUAAAUAAAUAAAAAAUGAAAUUGGACGUACUCCGUUCGUGAGAAAUCAGAAAUGCAUUGUGCAAUUAAACUUUGUACAGGAGUAGAUAGCGUGUACAUUAGUGACUAUUAUUAUCAUCAUUGUUAUAUCGAUAAUAUCGCUAUAGGGACGCUCUAUGGUCCUCGUUAAUUUCGAUCGUGUGCGCACUUUAAUCGCGGCAAUGUUAAAUUCAUUAAAAGCAGAGAUCGUUUGCUGUUCCGUAUUCGUUGAUUGCGAAUAAAUUCACGAUAAGGUCUCGUAAAAAAAAAUGGUUAAACGCAUUUAUAACAAAAUAUGUACGUUUACAUAUUUUGAAGAAUACGUUUACUUCAAUGGCCUGGUAAUAAAAGAACUUAACGUUAAAACUGGAAAUUGCGGCCAUUUAUUAUCGGAUUAAUUUAUGUUCGCAUCAACCGCAUUGGAGCAUCAACGAUAAAUACUCUGCUCAUGUAAAAGCAAUCUGAUGAGUCAACAGAUGGAUUGUAGUUCUAAGUUAUAGUCCUGUCUAUAAUAUUGACGCGAAGAAGAAAAAAUUGAAUUAGGCAGAAUUAGCGCUAACUAGACUGACGUCUGGUGACGAUCGGUUUUUAGUAUUGAAACUCGUUCAAGUCCGUUGUUCUCGACAGAGAGUAGAACGAGGAAAAAAGUAGUUACAAAAUCGCCAUGUUGCGCGCAAAUUUGUAUUUAGAUUCUUAGCUGAUCGAAAGAACGAAGUCCAACGAAGGAGGGAAAAAAAAUAAGUAAAAGACGAGAAGACACGUGCCUCGAUGUGCGAUGUGUCUUGCACGCUUAUCUCUGGAAGCUUCUUGCAUCCCCUCCCCUUGCUUAUCCUACCCCAGUUAUGCGAAACCGACCCUCCCGCUCACGUCGCCGUUGACGCGACGGAGGUUCGUCGUACCUUCUUGUUUUGGACAACCGACGAAUGAAACCAAAAGUAAAAAAGAGAUUACGAGCUACGAUCUUGCAUGAUAUAGGCAAAUCUACAGCAGCGGUGAGUAAAAGCGAAGUCGCGGUCGACAGUCUACUUUCCUCUCCUCGUUUAGAAAUCCUAGUUUUUAACGAUCGUCCAAUGGGGUGAGAGGAUCGGUGUGUAAUGUGUCGAUCUUUCUCUUAACCCGUCGGUGAACUCAGCUGUUCGAUAUUAAUUCGUCAACUUCGAGGUCGUCGAAGGUAUAAAGGACGAGACGCCUCUACCUUCGGGAAAAUACCACGAAGAAGCACGUCAUAAGGAACGUCAUAAAAUAAUAAGCAGGGAGAUUAAAGUGUCUCUCUCGUUCCAUUGGUCGAGCGCUGUGGCUACCAUGUAGUCGACAAAUAUAUCCAUUUCCGGAUUGCCUGGGUCGGUACGAGUGCAUGCCCGUAUGUAUGUGUGCGAAUAAUGUGCAUGGAGAGAAAAAUGAGAGAGCAGAAGAAAGUAUGUGUAUGAUUACGAAUAAAUAUUUUAGGAAGAGAGUGGUCGAAAUUUGAAUGGAGCGUCUCUGCGGCAAUUUUUUUUUUCUCCGAGCUACGUUCGAAAACGUAUCUUGAUGUGUCAUCCUGCAUACAUUUUCAUAAGAAAACAUAAUAAAGAGUCUCAUACGCACACUAGGAGUUAAAUAAAAAAAAAAAAACAGCAGUUAUUUCAUGUUGGAAUAUAUAACGGCAAAGUCAUUUAACUCAAAGAAGCUUAAGCGUUCGGGAUGAAUUAGGCAUGAAUACAUAACAAAGUUGAUUCUUUAAUCAAUUUUGAUUUAAUUUAGAUUUCGCUUAGAAAUGUAACUCAAAAAUUUAAAAUUUAAUGUUAAAACGAUAAUAAUUGUGAUGGAUUUCCAUCAAGUUUUCAGAGAAAAAAUAUUUCAGAUUUUGUAACUGAGAAACUGUAGCAAGAGUAGUGUUACAUCAUAUAAAUUCUUCGCCAAAUAUAUCAAAUUUGAGGAAGAACCGAUGUAAAAUGCAGCUUUUGCGUUAAAAUAAAAAGUUGAAUAAUUCAACAUCGUUGUCGAUGGAUCACUUUCAUCAUAUUCAAAUCGGUAAAUAGCUACUUUGAAACGGGAUGGUUUGCAUCUACUGUAGAACGACGUUCUUGAGCGUAGCUUCACAUCCCCACAUCUGUUCGAAGCGUCCACUCUCUGAGCGUGGAACAAAGGCAAGAAAAAUUAUAAAAAGCACGACAUGCGAAACAUAUGUCUAAUAAAUGAAUGGUUUUGUGUAUGUACAUAUUGAUAUAUAAAUAUAUAUAUACAUAUAUUCGCAUAUUGUAAAACACCGUGAUAGGAGAGAGCCCACUGCUACACGCUACACGAUAUUAUGCAAUGUGUAAACGGUGAAUACUUAUAAAUACUAAUUUUUAGAUAACGGCGCGCUCUAAAUGCAAAACAAUACACCAUAUACAUAUAUAAAUAUUAUAAAUAUAAAUAUAUAUAUAUAUACAUAGAUAUAUAUGACGCGGUACAAGCAGUAUGUGCAUUUUCCAGCACAGAUAGUUGGUAUUUUGUGUACAAAACUGAAAAAAAAAUUGUUGGACAUUUUCUCUGGACGCGCCGAGUUCGGGACCGCGUAUCGUGACGGAGAGGCGAAGGGGAUGAAAUUAACGUGAGUCUCCGUUGCAAUCGCAUUGCCGAACGAUUGAACAACGAGACGAUCGGCCGAUCGACGGCGCGGAACGGCACGAACGCGCGUCGCAUCGCGAAUCAUCGACCCCGUAGUUAAGUCAUAUAUCAUCAUCCCAUCUGAAUGUAAUAAUAUUGUCGUCUAAGUUUAGCGCAUUUUCUCUCUCUCUCUCUCUCUCUCUCUCUCUCUCUCUCUCGUUCACAUCCUGCUCGACGACGCGCGUCCGAACCGUUCCUCUCUCUCGUGUUUUGCGCCGCGAAUCAGCGACAUACCGUUUAUUCUGCAAAACGAAUUCGAAAUUAAUUUUCUAUCCUCUUCAGACGACUAUAAAAUUUCUUCGACACUUCUCUUUUGAGCGAAAAAGAAAAAACGAAAUAGCCCAUCCAAGAAAAUGCAAACUUCUCACGAUAUUUCUUGUAAGAGAUGGAAGCUAAGACGUCGUUUCGCGGUUUGCAGAAUAGCGGAGGUUCCGUAGUGCGGUAGCCGUAGUGAAGUCUUGCUGUAAAAAGAAGAAACGAAAGAGGAAGGAAGGCGGACGGAAGUGAAUUUGUCGCAACUGCACCGUGAAAACGGACCGACGAAGUCCACUUGUAUCAUAGCACCUUACGAUAAUGAAGCAUUGUAACGACAGUAACAAUAAUAAGAAAUCAUGGUAAUUUAAGAGUGAGCACGUGAGGGAGAGAGUGUGUAGGCGGUGCGAACCGGUGGCUCUCCAGCUCUCCAACCCUUUCCCGCGACGCUGAGGAGCCUCCGGUUUCGCGACCGCGAAAAUAGGGCUUAGGGCACUGUCACGCGGGACACUCGUCGCGUACACGAAUCCUCCGCUCGCGGACUCGGAUCUGCCAAAGGGGAAACGCGCCGAUGUCGCCGGGAAGUAUGCGGAACGUCCGCGCGAGCGGAGGACAAACCGAUCGGUCCCCGAGUAUCCGGCGCAAAGGGCCAAGCCUAGAGAUUUUUACCAAAAUGACUCUACACCGCGCGAAGGUGAAGGCAGUUGCAGUUAAUUCGUAUCUCGUUCCGUUUCGCGAUUGGAAAAAAAACUCGCGCUUUUACGAGGAACGAUCGUUGAUGAGGAGCAGCGUUCGGGAGUUCCGCUGGCGCGAUCACCCGGAGCGAAAUUUUGCAUUUUUGCCGCGCGUGCGAGAUCCUGGCAGAUUUUAUCCCGGCUUCUUUUAUCGCGAUCGUACGAACGUAUAUACGGUAUAAUCAUCGUUUCCGGAACGUGCGACGGACAAGGUGUGCGACCUCCGCCUCCGCGAAGGAUGGUGAAUCGAUUGAUCUCUGCAUCUUUUUUAUUAUCGCGCGUUUCGCCCGGAUGCGAGGAUUAUCGAUAGGAUAAGGGGGAUCGAGAUGUUAGCUUAGGACAGACGUUUCCCUUUUCCUUUCUUUUGUUUUUAAAAGCAAUGCGCUUGAAUAAUUAUUUUGUGCUAGCGACGACUAGCGAUGUAACUAUUCGCGCCUCGCGUCGUCGCCGUAUAUCAUUUAACUUGCGUUCGCAUUGUUUUUAAGAAGCAACACUCUACACGCGUUUCCGCACGCGCGAGAGCGUGCUCUUUCUUUCCACUCGGUUUGCCUGCCGAUUUAUUAGCGUCGUUCGGUCCGGAACAUUCGGCCAGUGAUCGACUGCUGACGCGUUGCACGGGACGUAAUUUGGAAAAAUUGUAUUAUAUAUCGAAACCGAAAGAUCCUCUAUAUGUAAGAAUAAUGAUGUAUAUAUAUAUAUUGAUUAUUACACACGGUAAAUUUGGAUUAAUUGCACUCUCGAGAGAGAAGCUGCGCCCCUGAUCCAAUGAAAGAAUCAAGACGCAUCGAGAGCUAGAGGGCAAGAUUGAAGAAAAAAAAUUGAGAAUUUCAUGAAUUUAUAUAUAUAUAAAUUUAUAUAAAUAUAUAUUUGUAUAUAUAUAUAUAAUGCAUGUAAAAGAGCAAGACAGCACAUUGUUCUUUCAUUCAUUUCGAAAGACGCUGCGUUUCCGAUCCUGAUCCAUUUUUGUUUCGUUGUUAGUUUGUACGCACUACGAUUAUCGCAAUUUAUUGUAUUAUCGACGAGAUACUGUAACAAACAAAAAAUACUGUUAACUAUUCUUAAAAAAAUUAAAACUUUUGUAAACUGAGAAAAAA